UAUAAAGUGUCAUCGGUUUAACUAGAUUGGUUCUUAGGUCUUAGAUAUAUAAUGAUCAUAAAUUUAAACCUUUACAAAGUAAUAGUAAAGUGUUUUAUACUAUGCUCGGUACAGCAUUGUACAAGCAUUUUGCCUAGACAUUUAUGGAAUUGAAAAAUGUGCUCCAAAGUCUAAAAAAUAAAAGGGCAAAUAAGGAAUAAUUAUUCAGGAAUAUGUUUUAAGCAGGAUUUUCCCUAUUUUAAGGACAAAAAAGUAUACUGCUAGACGCUGAAGUAGAUAAAUGAUAUUUUUUCUACCCAUUUAGAAUACUUAAUGUAGCUCAGAUAUCCAUAGUCUCCAAAUUUGACGGCAUGGAAGUUUAUUAAAUAAAUAUAGUGCCGACGCAAAUUUUGACCUAUUUUCUGUAAAAUUUGUUAUAAUAUGUUUUUAUGGUUUAUACACAAAAAAAAUGUAUUCUUGUUUGUGUUAUACUUGUUCAAAUAUGCGUACAAAUUCCAAUGCUAUAUAAAACAGGCGUUCAGAGACGUUAAAAGUCAUUCGUUUUAGCUCAGAGUUUAACUUCAGAAAAAUACAAUGUCUUUAAAGUUCUUUACUUUGUUAGUUUUUACUAUCGUAGCUGCUAGCUGUAAUACAACUGACCAAAAUGAAGCUGCAGUUCCAGGUGCACCUGACCAGAUAUCAACUGAAGCUGAGCCCAACCAAUGUAGCUCUACUAAUCCAGACCAACCCGAAAAGAAAACUGAACCUGAACCCAAAACAAGUAGUUGUGCUAAACCGGACCAACCCGAAGAGACAACAGCUGCCAGACUAGAAAAUGAAAAAAAGGUUAUAAAAAAUUCUUUCGACGAUGUUAGACAAUGGUUGGGCGAACCGUACACCAAAUCCGAGACCAUUUCAGUAAUGCAAUUUUGGAUGUACAUGGGAAAAUCCGCAAAAGAUCGGCAAAUCGUGAACGCUUACUUGGACACCCAUCCGGCAUGUAAAAGUGAUAUGUUCGCCAUAGAUGUACAUGUGUACGGUGAACUGUUGAAAAACCAUUGCGCCCAGUCUGGCCCGGACGAUCUGGCCACCUUCGCUGCAAACAAGAAAACCCACGCAGUGGUACAGACACCAGACAUGUAUGCAUUCUGGGGCACCUUUGAUAACCCAUCUUACUAUUCGGACGACUCGGACUAGUCUAAAAACGAUAAAAAAAUAUAUGGCACGAUGUCUGUGCCAAUGUCUUUUUUUAGAAAAUGUUAAAAAAUCAUCAGCUCGUGUUAAAAUAUAAUUAAAAAAACAGAA